AAAUAAUUACAUUUAGUCAUUUAUAUAUGGCUUUAUUGUUUAUCGGUUUCAGCCAGACUGUCAAUUCAUAAAGCACACGCCUCAUGAACACUUCGGUUUUCCAGUGUUUUCAAUCUUGCACGCUCGUGUAAUCUGAGACUCCUCUGUAACACCUCCCUCUCUCCUUCUCCAGCAGCGAGUUCUGGGUUCUUGACAGCAAUCUGCUUCCUUCACAAUGAGAUCCUUUCCGCCUACACAAAUCUCAAAGUGUUACACAGUCAGAUUUCAGAUAGAAGGUGCUGUGCAGAACUUCAUGUGAGACUGGAAGUCAAUGCAUGACAGCCUCACUAUCAAUACAUGAAUCCCUGACAGAUCAACCCCAUUAUUUAUUUUUUUGCUAAAGUUUGAGCCUGGAUCUAAUUUUGACCUGCAUCAUGAAUCAGUUUGUCAAUAUUUAGUUCUCAGAAAGAAGAAAAACAUCUUUCCAUAUUCUGAUGAGGAUAUUCAUAUGAAAGAAGUUGUGUUUGGCGUCUGAUUAGGAGUGUGAAUCAAUGCGUCCUCUCAGCGGGGGAUUUCUGCGCUCUAAAAGCGUCGUGCCCUGAAGGCCUCGGUCAACCCUACAACACUAGGGUUGUAAUGUGACCAAAUAACUCUUAAUGCUCGCAAAGCCAAAAAUAGUUUUGCUGUCCUCAGCUCUUUGAUGGGAGACGGUCUACAGUGAAGGUCACAUCAGUCCCAUUUUGAGGGAAGUCGGUUUUGCCAUGAGAUAACGUUAGUUUUUCCCAGACCUCCCUGAUGUUCUAACUAUACUCCUUUAUGCGGCUAUUUUAUCAGGAGUUUUUAUUAGAAUAGGGAGCUUUUUCUGCAGGGAAAAAAAAACACUGAUCGAGUUCCCAAGGCCACAAAAGGAUGAGUCUAAAGGAGGACUGAUCUCUCGUCGAGGCUCACACGGACAUCGUCCCUCGACGGAAGGCAGACUCCAGAGUCUUAUCUUAGAUUUAAAAGAGCAGAUAUUAACAUUCACUAACUUCACCGCUACAGCUGUUUAUUUAUAACAAACGUCACUCAGAUCUGAAGGUGUACGGAUCCAGGCUGAGGACAGCAGUAUGAAUUUCCACGCCAGAAGAGUCACGUUGCCUGCUAUCACGCCUCUCUGCCUGCCGAAAAGGGUAAUCAAAGUGUACAGUGAAGACAACACCAGCCGUGCGGUGGAGGUGCCCAGUGACAUCACUGCCCGGGACAUAUGCCAGCUGUUCAUCCUGAAGAACCACUGCAUUGAUGACCACAGCUGGACCCUGUUUGAGCAGAUCCCACAUCUGAGUAUCGAGCGAACCAUAGAAGACCAUGAGUCGGUUAUUGAGGUUCAGUCCGGCUGGGGAAUGGACUCACACUGCUGUCUGUACUUCAGGAAGAAUUAUGCCAAAUACGAGUUCUUCAAGAAGCCUCUUGACUUUUUCCCAGAGCACAUGGUGUCUAUAUCCAGUGAAACCAAUGGAAUCAUGAACCACUCACAGCUUAUACAGACCUUUCUCAGCUCCAGCUCUUGUCCUGAGAUUCACGGGUUCCUUCACGCCAAAGAGCACGGCAGGAAGUCGUGGAAGAAGUUCUACUUUGUGUUGAGAAGAUCGGGACUCUACUUCUCCAACAAGGGCACAUCAAAGGAACCCAGACACUUGCAGUUCAUUGCAGAGUUCAGUGACAGUGAUGUCUACACGUUAUUAUCUGGCAAAAAAGUUUACGGCGCCCCGACAGACUACGGCUUCUGUGUGAAGGCAAGCAAGUUGAAUGCUGCACGUGAUCUAAAACUGCUCUGUGCGGAUGAUGAGCAAACCAGGACGUGUUGGGUUACAGCCAUGCGCCUCUUCAAGUACGGCAUGCAGCUUUACCAGAACUUCAUCCAGCCCCAUCAGAAGCAGAAGAGCUCUCCAAUGAGGAGCAUCUCGGAGAACUCACUGGUGGCCAUGGACUUCUCAGGACACAAGACUCGGGUGAUCGAGAACCCGUCCGAAGCGCUGUCGGUGGCCGUGGAGGAGGGUCUGUCGUGGAGGAGGAAAAGCUGCCACAGGCUGAGCUCUCAUGGUAGUCCGUCCACCUCUCAGAGCUCCAUGUCCAGCAUAGCUAUCCAUGUGGCUCAGCCGUGGUUUCACAGCAAACUGUCCCGGGACGAGGCUCAGAAACUAAUCACUCAGCAGGGCCUCAUCGAUGGGGUGUUUCUGGUAAGGGACAGUCAAAGUAACCCGAGGACAUUUGUUCUGUCACUGUGCCAUACACAGAAAAUCAAACACUUUCAGAUUGUACCGGUUGAAGAGAACGGCGAGCUCUUCUACAGUCUGGACGACGGACACACGCGCUUCACUGACCUGCUGCAACUAGUGGAGUUUUACCAGCUGAACAGAGGCGUUCUGCCCUGCAAGCUCAAACAUCACUGUGCCCGCAUCACCCUCUGAACCGCAGCUUGUGCCUUGGACAGGAAGGCGUUUCACUGUCCGCUCCCUGAUGAGCAUUAGGGUCUGAACUCUGAGACUGUGAUAAGGACGAGCAUCACUAAACAGACUGGACUUCUGAGGACCCUGAUAUUCAGCGAGGGAUGAUCUGUGGUCUGUGGUGCGCAAAUGUAGAUGGGAAUGUAUAACGUACUCUGUCCUGAUACAAACACUCUCAGUGUGGAUGAGACCACCUUAUUAAGCUAUCAAUCAAAGCUAAGGUUUAACGGCAGACCAGCUGCGUCUCUGUAUGGUGUGAGCAAACUACAGCCGGGUGCACAUGCUACGAUUUUUCAUUUUGCCAUCUAAGACUAAUCUUGGGUAAAAGACUUCUUUUAGCUCAAAUCAGGUACCGUUUUUUUUUUUUCUUUUUCAGCAAAUGUUUCAAUAAUAUUAAUAAUAAUUAUAAUUAUUAAUAUAAUUAUUGUUAUGACAUUUUUAUUUUAAUGUAAAAUUAUUUAAGUUCCUUUCUGCAUGAAUAGGGUACAAAAAACUGUACAACCCUGAUUUUUUAUUCUCAGUUUAUAAUACUACUACUACUAC